UGUAUUUGUCUAAAACAACUCUAGUUACAAAUUCACUCUAUUUGACCGCAAGUUUUAUGAAACUGUGUACAAAAUGGGGAGAUAUAAAUGUGCAUACAACUGCGAAAACUCCAACGAUUCAGAUAUGAAGUAUUUUAAGUUUCCACUGUAUAAUCCCCGAAAACUCAAGAAAUGGCUGAACAACAUGAAGUGGGAUGACUGGACUCCUUCUCGCUUCUCAGUGCUGUGCAGUAACCACUUUGAGGAACAGUACAUCGACAGGACAGGCAAAUCUGUGACACUUAAGGACGAUGCAGUGCCUACUAUAUUUACUCCUUCUGAUGACACACAGAAGACUAAGGUUUCUACCAGCUCAAGAAGGAAGCAAAAUAAGCCAUCUGCUUUAAAAGCCUCCAAAACAAGUUCAGCUCAGUCUCUGCCAACCACUUCUUCCACUGCAAAAUCAAGCGUGCACAACAAAGAGCCCAGGCUGACGGAGGACCCCUCCGGAGACAAAGACCCAAACAGGCCAGGAAGAUGGAGGAUUAUAGUGGAUGAAGCUCUUAUGAGGAUCGAGUCAUUUCCACAUUUCUUCCAUGGGGAUUACUGUGUGCCUCAGCGCGACAUCCAGUGGGCUCCAGAUAAUAAUUCAAGUACAGAAUGUAAAGAUCCUGAGAAAAUGAUAGAGGUGACGGAGCCAUGGCAGUGGCUUGGUCUUGAUGUUAGAGGACCCUUGCCUGAAACUCUGAACGGACACAAAUACAUGCUGACUCUGACAGACUAUUAUUCAAAGUGGGUAGAAGCUCUGCCAAUGGAGGCGUUCCUUCCUGAACAUGCAGCAAAACAUAUCAUAGACAUUAUCGACCACUUUGGAUACCCUCUCAGGAUCCUCUCCAGACUGCCGCAUGACAUGGUCCAAAAAAUCAACAAAGAACUAAAGGAGAAGCUGAAGGUCACCAUUGCUCUUGUCGUCUAUCAUCAGCAGACAGGCUCCACAGAUCUGAUCACAGAGCAGCUGAUUGACAGGAUGGUAAAUGAUCUGAUAGAGGAGCACACACCUGACUGGGAUGUCUACCUGCCUGCAAAGGUUUUCAGUCUGUGCUGUGCAGAGCAUUCACAAACAAAGGAAAGACCUUUCUCGCUGCUCUGCUGUAAAGAAGUGGAGCCAAUCAAAUCCCCACGAGGACUGGAUUUUGCUAACUCCAACAUCCAAGAGAGUGCUUUCGUGGUCAGAUAGAGUGACUUUAUUUGAUUAACCUAUGGAAAUCAGAGCAAGCAAACCAAGAAGGUCGCCGUGAUUUUGUCAUGGUGAAGUGCUGGGGUUUUACAUCACAGCUUGGCAACUUUGUGAACCAGGAUGAGAAGCAUGAGGAUUUAGUUUAAAGGAUGGAUAUGACCGAUGAAACUCCUCAGUCUGUCUUUAACCAGGAGCUCAAGUAUUUUUUACAUAAAUGUAGACAAAUGCAUUUUCAGUCGAAGGAUAUAUUUUUAUUUAAAAUGUCAUCAUUGUGCACCAACAAAUUUCCAUUAAAUACUCAGAAAUGUGAA